AUGACGACCUACGUAGCUCUAUUACGCGGCAUUAACGUGAGUGGUCGCCGUAAGGUGCUCAUGGCGGAUCUGCGCGAGCUCCUCUCAUCCCUCGAGCUGGACAAUGUCCGGACCUAUCUCCAGAGUGGGAAUGCAGUAUUCACGGCAUCGGAACCCCUAGAAGAGGUUCACACAUGUGUUGAUAAAGCCAUUUCUGAACGAUUUUUCAAUGACAUACCCGUAUUUCUCCGCUCUGGAGAGGACAUCGACGCGCUUAUCAAGAAUAACCCCUUCGUCUCCGAGUGCGACAGCCUACCUAAAUCUGUCCAUGUGAUUUUUCUCUCAUCGUCGCCAGAGGCCGAGAAGGUCAAAGAACUGGACGUAUAUGCAACGAGAGAGGAGAAGAUUGUUGCCCAUGGUGAACACCUCAUUGUGCAUUUCCCGAACGGAUAUGGGAAGUCGAAGCUCACGCCGACGGUGGUGGAGCGGAUUCUGGGGGUCUCAACCACUGCUCGCAACUGGCAGACCAUCAUGGCCCUGCAAUCAAUGAUGGAGGACGACGCCUGA